UGACGCCAUGACAGAUCACGUGACGUAAAUUUUUGUUGGGCAUGCGCGAGUACCGAAUAUUUUCCAAGUGAUUUUAAAACGAUCACAGAUAAAACCCACAGUUCAAAGUAUGCCUUCACGAAAACUUGUGACAGUGUGUAGUGUACUGCAGUGCUAGUUUAACAGUGGAUAAGUGCAAUGAUAGUGUCAUUGACUCGGACACUUUGUGAUGUGCUAAGUGGCGUUUUGGAUAUUAAAAACGAGCAAUAAGGAUUUACGAUGGCGCACUACCCCCAACCGGCGACGCUGGAGGACGCGUUGCCGCUGCUCGGCAAGCCGGACCUGCGCAUGCGCCAGCAGCUCGGCGAGCGGCUCGUUGCGCUCGUGCGCCGGGAGGAGAUAACGCACGAGAUCGCCGCGCCGUUGCUCGACUCCAUGGUGGCCUGGCUGAACGGGGGCAAUUUUAAGGUCGCUCAGAAUGGUUUAGAGGUGCUCGGGGCGCUCGUCGAGCGGAUGGGCCCCGAAUUCUCGCAUUACGUCCCCACCGUGUUGCCCCAUAUCAUUGACAGGUUGGCGGACACGAAGGAAGGCGUCCGCGUGUCGGCGCGCGCGUGCGUCACCACGCUGGGCGAGUGCCGCGCGGCGGCGCCGCGCGCGCUGCUCGCGCGCCUCCUGCCCGCGCUGCAGCACAAGGCGGCGCACGCGCGCGAGGAGGCGCUCAAGUGCAUCGCGGCGCUGUUGCACACGCACGGCGCCGCGGAGCUGCAGCUGCGCGCGGCGGUCCCGGCGCUCGCGGCGCUCGUCGCGGACCCGAGCGGCGCCGUGCGGGACGCGGCGCAGCUGCUGCUCGUUGACGUGUACCGGCACGUGGGCGAGAGGCUGCGGCAAGACUUGAAGAAGAAGGAACUCGUGCCGGCGCAGAAGCUGGCGCUGUUGGAGCAGAAGUUCGACGAGGCGAGAGAGGCCGGGUUGCUACUACCCUCAGCGACCGUCGGUACUGACGAGGCGGACUUUGUAUCGCGGACGAUAAAAAGAACCAUGACGAUACCCACCAGCAGGAGCAGAGACGGUGAUAGCGGCGCUUCCACACCAGCGUGCGAAGUGAAGAAGACGGUCGGCGGAUUGUAUGGAGCACCAUCAGCUAACAGGAAACCGCCGCCGCCGGCUAAACUAACCAGUUCCAGUGCGUCCGCGAGCGAGGCGGGCGCCGGCGCGGUGUCGAGCGAGGCGUUCGAGGCGGCGUUCGCGCACGCCGCGCCCGCCGCCGUGUACGGCGCGCGCGGCCUCGACGACCUCUGCCGCCACGCCGCCGCGCUGCUCGGCGACCGCGCCGCCGACUGGGAGAAGCGCGUCGACGCGCUCAAGAAGAUUCGCUCGCUGCUAGCGGCGAAUGCGCACACGCAGUACCCGGCGGAGUUCGCGGCGCACCUCAAGGAUUUGUCGGUGCCUUUUCUAGUCGUAAUCAAGGAUCUAAGGAGCCAGGUCGUACGCGAAGCGUGCAUUACUAUAGCGCAUAUGGCCAAGGUGCUAAAGAAUAAAUUGGAACAAUUCAGUCUCUACAUAUUGCAAGAGCUUAUAAAUCUGAUACAGAACGCCGCCAAGGUGGUGUCGUCAGCGGGCACGGUGUGCGUCCGCUAUAUAGUGGUGCACGUGCACUCGCCGCGGCUGAUACCGGUGCUCACCACCAACCUGACCACCAACAAGAGCAAGGAGAUACGGUCCACGCUCAGUGAGGUGCUGGUGCUGGUACUCGAGAGGUGGUCCGCCACCGCGCUGGAAAAGCAGCAGCAGGUGAUACACGAGGCGAUACGACGCGCCUGCGUGGACGCAGAUAGCUCAGCGAGGAAUAACGGGAGACUAGCCGUCCCAGCGGCCACCUUGUUCCUGGCGAGGUGCGAGUACAUGGCCCUCGCCUUGGCGCGCUGCGCCGCGGCCGCGUCCACUGCGCUCACGGACCUCGCGCUUACGCCCGCUGUAAAUAAAUUUGAAUUUGAAUUUGAAAUUUUAAUUGUAGCGCGCGCAAAACGCUCACCAGUGAGCGGCACAGUCGCGCCGAGCCCGGAGAGAACCGUGGGACGGUCGAGAUCGAGGCCCGGCGUGUCACAGUCGCAGCCGACGUCCCGCUCGUCGUCGCCGUCGUCGCGCGCGGGCCCCGUCUCGCUGUCGGGCGCGCGCCGCCGCCCGUCCGGCAUCCCGCGCUCGCUGGCCGGCUCGCGCGAGACGAGCCCCACUAGAUCGGGCCGCUCGAGCAGCGUGGUGGGGCGCCGCCGGGAGUCCGCGGAGAGGGGCACGCGCCCGCCGGCCGCCAGCCUGCGGCUGCUGCAGCAGUCCAGGGAUGCGGAGCAGACUCUCAGAAGUCCGGAAGACAAUUCUGCUUGCGAAGGCAGACGGGACGAUGACUCGGAGGCGUCCAGCGUUUGCUCUGAACGCAGUCUCGAUUCGUACAGACGACACGAUAGUAUAUCGUGGUCGUCGAGCGGGCGGCUCGGGUGGGAGGGCUCGCCGCCGCCGCCGCCGCCGCCCGACGAGAUCAUCGCGCUGUGCGCCUGCACGCACUGGACCGAGCGGAAGGACGGCCUCACACACCUGGCCAAUUACCUGAACAGCGGGCGGCUGCUGAACGAGGAGCAGCUGCGCCGGCUCACCGAGCUGCUGAACAAGAUGUUCGUGGACGCCCACACGAAGGUGUUCUCGCUGCUGCUGGACGCUGUCUGCGAGCUGCUGCUCGUGCACUGGCAGCACCUCAAGGAUUGGCUCUAUCAGCUCAUGUUCAGGCUGCUAAUGAAACUGGGCACGGACAUACUGGGCUCAGUGCAGAGCAAGAUUAUGAAGACAUUGGACGUUAUACACGAGUGCUUCCCCGCUGAGUUGCAGCUGCACAAUAUAUUCCGGUUUUUAGCGGACGGUGCCACGGCCCCCACGGCGAAGACAAAAGCGGCUGCGUUGAGAUUCUUAGCGGACCUGGCGCACGACUACUGUACGCCAAAUAGUCUAGCCGUUGCGUUACAAGGUGGCGGCGCGGGCGUGGCGGGGCGGGCGCUGGCCAAGGUGGCCUGGCUGGCGGGCGAGCCGCGCGCCGGCGACGUGCGCCUCGCCGCGCGCCGCGCGCUCGCGCACCUCUACGACUGCAACCCGCCGCCGUUUACGGCGUUGAUGAGCGAGUUACCGGAGGAGACACAAAAGCUGGUCAACGGAGUGCUGCAGCAGCAUGUCCGGAGAACCUCGAGCACCGGCAGCGACAGCCCGCUCCGCACGUCCAGCACCGCCUCCAACUCGGCCACCGCCGAGGACGUGUACUCGCGUAUCAGGAAAACCACCUCCGAGAUACACACGUACACCGCGCAGCAUGCGAACGCGGAAUGCGGCAACCACAUGUCCAGCAAGGACUCCGGUAUAAGUCAGAUGUCCGACGUGACGCUGUCGGCGCGCGGGCCCAACGCGGUGCCCAACGGACAUUAUAAUAGCGAAACGAUCGGUCGGGCCGCGUCAGCGGACAGUUCGGAAGAGGCCAACAGCACCAAAGAGUCGUCGCCCGUGCCGCACCGCGACUGCGCCCACGCACACGGCGACUUCGGCGCAGGUCAUUUGGGCCGGGACAAAGUGAAACCCUACGAGAUGGAUGAAAAUGGACUCAUAAUAACGAAAUCCGGUCUCCGAGAGACGGAAGUGCUGGAGGCGCUGAGCCAGCUGGACGUGGAGCGCGCGGCGCCGGAGACGUGCGAGCGGCUGCUGCUGGCUGCGCACGAGCUGCUCAAGUACGGCACCUGCAAGAAGCCCUGCGAGUACUUCAAGAACAUAGUCCGCGUGGCGCUCGCCGCGCUGUCGGUCGAGGAGAGUUCGGCCGACAAGGAGAACGCGGAGAACGCGACCAACGCGCAGUCCUCCGGCUGGGGCACGGCGCACGAGCGCGCCGCGGCGGAGGCGGUGAAGGUGCUGAUCUGGCUGUGCCGGCGGCCGGAGACGCGGCCGCAGUGGCUGGACUACUUCGACCUGAUCCUGCUGAAGCUGAUCAACGCGUACGGCGCCAGCAGCAAGGAGGUGAUGCGCGCCGUGGACGCCGGCAUGCCGCACAUUGCGCAUGCGCUGCCCGCGCAACAGGUGCUGGCGCUGCUGAAGCCGGUGAUCCGCACGCGCGGCUACCCCACGUCGCUGUGCGCGCUCAAGCUCGCCGGCGAGGUGGCCAAGGCGCGCGGGCCCGAGCUCGCCGACGACACCGUCGCGCAACUCAUGGAGGGCGUGGGACAGUUGGCCGACCACCAGAACUCGGUGGUGCGGAAGGCGGCGGUUUUCUGUAUGGUCGCGUUCACCUUCGCGCUGGGUGAGGAGAGGAUGCAGCCGCACCUGCGCCACCUGUCCGUCAGCAAGUACAGGCUGUUGCAGGUGUACAUCAGCAAGCAGCGUGAAGAAGCGAACAAAGGCGGCGGCUCGUAGCGAAGACAGCGCUUCGCUUCGCGCGCAACGCAGACCGACUGACGGAAUAUCGGAUAUAUUCCGCCGUUUUAUGUGUUUCCAUGGCCGUUAAUUUGAAAAAAUUGGCAAAUUUGAGGGUAGUUGGUGAUAGUUCGCGAUGUACGAAUCGUUUGAUUGGAGUUAAUUCACAAUUCAUCUCCAUAUAUAUGCUAAUGUUCAUUAGACAGACGUGAGGGUAGUUGCAUAAAUUGCCACUCGCCGUAUAGAUGCAAUAUUGCAUAUAACAACCGUUUUGGUUUUUAAAUGCUCCAAAUAUUUAUAAAUCGAAAAUAUAAGUAAUAUUAUAUACCCACGUUCCAGAAUUGAGGGUAGUUGUAUGUCUGCGCCGAGAUGCAGUUUAUCCAGAAUAACAAAAAUUCAAGUAAAGUCGAAAGAAUCGAGAAAAUUGAGGGUAGUUAGUCAAAAUUGCAAUCUACCCGCCAUAUUAAUGCAGUACAUCUAUAUUAGAAACUUCUUUUUUGUAUUAUAUACAUAUUAUUUGAAGAUUAUUUUUAUACAUAUUUUUUGAAUUAAACAUCUAUUUCAUUUCGAAAAAUAUCUUUAAGUAGAGUGGACAUUACAUAUUAGAGGGUAGUUAACAAAAAGUGGAACCCACACACAACUAUUUUACUGUGUAUUUGCUGCGGUAAAUCUAUGCUACACCAAAAUAUAAACCUCAAUAUUAGGAAAAUAAGAAAAAUUAUACAAAAAUUUAGAUUCCCUUCGUGUUUGUCAUACAUAUCAAAUACUAGCUUUUGUCCGCGGCUUUAUAUGCGUUAAAUUCGAAAUAGUUUAAUAGAUGUUGUUAUACAUAAAAACCUUUCUCAUGAAUCACUCCAUCUAUUAAAAAGCCCCAUCAAAAUCCGUUGCGCAGUUUUAAAGAUCUAAACAUACGUUCAUACAGAAGCGGGAAGCUAUGUAGUGACGUUACAGAAAUAAUAAAAUUCAGUUAGAGGCAGCCUACCCUCAAUUUCAAAAUACCACAUUUGGCGGGUAGAUCCACAACAUGGAGGGAUUGAGAUAAAAAUAUACUGUACCCAUGUUUUUUUGUUUAGACUACCCUCGAUUCUGACUAGUCCUAAACCCGACGCCUAUCCAUCAUUUUAAUAUCUUCCCCAUCCCCCCAAAAACCUAUCAGUUUUACUUGCUAAUUUAUAUUUUGACCUAACCAAAGACAAGAAUCCCUUAAAAAAACAUUUAAACUACAUAUGCCCUAAAUUUGAGUAAAUUACAAAAAUAAAAACAUCAUGGCAUGGAUUUUGAAAUUAUGGCGGUCGCGAAUAUUGUCUGCGUACGCGCAUGGCGAUACGUGAAAAAUGGUUGUGUCGAUUUUUCGACAAAAAAAGCAAUAUUUCUCACGAAUCGUUCGCAAGUGAAAUAACGCUAGAUCUAUACUAAAGUGUACAGUCAACAUAGAAAGUGCAAUCUGUCUAAGUGUCGCUUUCAUUGCAGUCGUUUCUCUGUUGACGGUACACACGUACGUACAAUGUAAUAUAAUGUUAAUGUAUUGUGUUGCGUACGGUCGGCAACGAGAGUUGGGUUUUUUUUUUUCUAGUUUACAUGUAAACGCCGGCUAUCAUAUUCGAGAUAUGUGAAGUUUUAACUAAGAUAUUUGUUUAUACUUAAAAAGUCAUGAAGAAGAAAUAAAUCUUCGUUUUUACGAAACAGAGUUAAAAGAUGUUAAUAAAACAAACAAAAAUAAAUUUCUUUAAUAUUGUUUAUUAAAUUGAUCAAAUAUGGGAACCGGUUUUUAGAUAGGUACGAUUACAUAAACAUAUAAACAUGAACAAACAUACAAAUUAUCCUACAAAAUAGUAAUAUGAUGCAUUUUAAAUAAUCUACAUUUUAAUGUAACCUUUUUUUGCCGACCGUACGUAUUAGAUGUCAUUGUUUAUUAUAUUUGCCGCUAGUUGCAUUCUGGUUAAGUUAAGCGCUGCGAGGGAGAGGUUGUCUCGUGCGCGGUUAAGCGACAGUAGGUAGGUUUUGUAUUUGGAUGGGUGACCGUUUCGGUGCGUCCUGGCUUAGCCCUGCGUAUACAAUGUGAAAACUUCGGAAGCGCUCGCGCUAAAAUCACAGAUUUUUCAUUGAAAAAUCGUUUUGAUAUACACCUGUCUAUUAAAAUGGGAUAUGAAAGGGUUUUUUAAAAGACUCGAAAUAACUCAAAAUGGAUACGAAACUGAAUAAAACUUGACGUUAAAGAUAAUACUACUAACCAAUGAGAAACUAGAUAUUAAUAAGUAGCGUAAAAAGACAAAAAAAAAA